AUGAAGUUUGGCCGUAACCUGCCUCGAAAUGUCGUGCCAGAAUGGGAUACAGCCUACAUUAAUUACAAACAAUUGAAGAAGUUGAUAAAAUCGGCCGCUGAAGAAGUGAAACAUGGAGAAGCGCCGGAUACUGCUGAAUUCUUCUUUUUCCUGGACCGGAAUCUCGAAAAUGUCGACCGCUUCUACAAUCACAAGUACGUGGACGCUGCGAGAAGGCUUAAGCUGCUUGAGGAUCGUUAUGGUAGCUAUACUGCGAUAGGUCAAGUUAUGGAAAGUGAAGAGAUGGAAGAGCUGACGGGAGCGUUGCUUGAAUUGAGGGGCCUCUUGAGGAAAUUGAGCUGGUACGGAGACGUAAAUAGACGAGGCUUUAUCAAGAUUACGAAGAAGCUUGACAAGAAUGUCGGGCCUACCCAGGACCGAUACCUCGAAUCAAAGGUCGAUGAAAAACAGUUUGCGACCAAAAGCGAGCUGAACAAGACGAUGAAUAUUGUCAAUGACUGGCUAUCGAAGCUGAAAGACGUCAAGGUUCGCGAUGACGGAAGCUCCACACACUCGUCCCACUCUCUGCACAGGAUGAAUUCGUCAUCAAUGCUCAAGCUGCCUCCAGAGCUCCUUGAAGGUCUCGAAUAUGCUAUUCGCUCGGACGAUGCAGCACGUAUGGGCGCCCUCCUGGAAAGGACCGAGACUUAUCGCGAACCCUUGACCCAAAAUAAUACUGCUUUCGAUUUGGGAUUGCUUCAAAGGGCACUCUCUGCCAGGGCAAAAGCUUGCAUCAGAGAGCUUUUAGGGCGCAUUGAUACUCUGGAAGACCGUGGUGAUAUCAAUAAGCGUAAUUGCUUACACCGCUUUAUCAUCACAUUUGGAAGGGCCAAGACGCAGUCAGAAAUGCAGGCUGAUGGAGAGACAGGGGAUGAUAUGGAUCAGGACUUCAAAGUCAAUGGUGCGAGAUACUUGAAACCUGCCACUGCCCCUACUCAAAUCACUCCCAUGGCUUCGAAGCAAGAAAAAGACGCCGUCAUCGAUCUUCAACACGACAAUAAAGCUGUAGGCGUCUUUGAGUACCUCCUCGAGCACUUCUCCGAGCUGCAACGCCAGGCAAUACUCUCAAGGGAUGCCUACGGACGUACAACAUUGCACUAUGCAGCUCAAUAUGGUCUUGUACCUCUUUGUAAAGCGAUACUAGAGAACUUGAGAGCGUGGGAUACUUCAAAUGCCUACGACUGGCUCCGUGCAGUGUUCGAACAAGACGAAGAAGGCCACUCACCACUUUACCUAUGCGUUGCUGGAGGUCACCCUCAGACAACCGAAGUUCUGCUAGCAUCUGGAAACAUGGCAGAGGAAAGCUCUGCAGUUGAGAUCUUCAAUAAGCAAUUAUGGGAGUCCAGCGAUAUCCUUGCAGCAGCUGUGAAGGCCAACUUCACAGGAAUUGUCAAAACUCUUCUAGGUGUAGCAGUGAAUAUUGACCAUCAGGAUGACCAAGGCGAGACGGCACUCCACCUUGCAGCUCGCUUUGGGCAUACAGUAUGUGCAAGACUGCUGCUGAACGAAUUCGAUGGGCCAAAAGCAGACACAGAAAAGAUGGAGAAGACUUUUGGAUGGACACCACUUCACAUUGCCAGCGUUGAUGGCUUCAUCGAGAUUGUCGACUCCUUGAUCGAGGCUGGUGCUUCCUUAGACCAGCCUGAUACCUCUGGCUGGACAGCCCGAGAACAUGCGGCGCUGCGUGGUCAUAUUGACAUCGCGAAGGCAAUCGCAGACACUGCGCAAAUCUCUGCUCCACCAGAGGCAUAUCAGCAAUGCGAAAAUAUUGUCAACGGAGCACACACAAACAAGUCUUUAGCUGAGAGAAAGUCCAAAGCUCAAGUAAACGGCGUGAGCAAUGGCGUAUCAAAGAGGCCAGAGCCUAUCAAAAGCUUCGGCCAUCGUUUCUUGGAAAAUGAGACAAUGAUACUUGUUAACUUGGGCUCAAUGGAUACCCGCAAAGAAAUUGAGGCUGUCAAUCUUGACCGUAUACCACUUGCUGACGCUCACUUUACCCAGCUAGACACAGCACUCUCUGUCAAUAUCUCUGCAACAGGAGCCAGUGGCCAAGCUUCCAUCAUCGAUCUGCCAGUUCAAGACAAUGUUAACACGGAGCCCAUCGUGUUCACUGCUUCAGAUCCGACAAAAGUGAAAUUGUUUUUCGACAUUGUACCAACUUAUGCGGGCUCUACCGAGAAGAUCGUAGGUCGAGGUGUCGCCCUUCUAUCCAGCAUCAAGCCUAGCAUUGGCUCCAAAAGAAUGUCGUUGCAAGGGGAUCUUACGAUUCCCAUCAUUGCUGUCCAGAAUAUGGACGUUAUUGGGUCCGUGCAUUUCAACUUUCUCAUUAUCACACCAUUCUCGCAUCCUAACAUGGCCAUUCGUGAGGACUUGACAUAUUGGAAAAGCGUAACUUCGACUAUGCUAAUCGGCCAUCGAGGCUUGGGAAAGAAUUCUGCAUCCCGAAACUCUCUUCAGCUGGGCGAAAACACGAUACAGUCAUUCAUUGCAGCUGCUAACCUCGGCGCUUCUUAUGUGGAGUUUGAUGUGCAAUUGACCAAAGACCACGUACCUGUGAUCUAUCACGACUUUCUUGUCAGCGAAACAGGCAUAGAUGCACCAGUCCACACACUCACACUUGAACAAUUCCUACACGUGAAUAAAGGUCAGAGUUCCCAGCCCAGACGGGCUCCAUCGCCUCAAAGGAGAACAAAUGGCAACAACAAGACUGUCGAUAAGACAUCUGAACCAGGUAAAGGCAGAUCCAUGUCCUUAGGCGCGUUAUCGAACGAUGAAAGCCACAUGUCCGACCGCAUGAAACACACAAGAGACUUCAAAGAAAAAGGCUUCAAGGGCAACUCGCGCGGCAACUUCAUCCAAGCACCCUUCACGACGCUCGAAGAAAUGUUCAAGACCCUCCCCGAAAGCAUCGGCUUCAACAUCGAAAUGAAAUACCCCAUGCUCUACGAAAGCGAGGAGCAGGAGAUGGACACCUACGCCGUAGAACUCAACAGCUUCGUCGACACCGUUCUGACAAAAGUGUACGAUCUGGGAAAGAAGCGAAAUAUUAUCUUCUCGAGCUUUAAUCCGGAUAUCUGCCUCUUGCUCUCGUUCAAGCAGCCGUCGAUCCCGAUUCUCUUUCUCUCGGACGCGGGGACGUCGCCGGUUGGCGAUAUCAGGGCUAGCAGUUUGCAAGAGGCGAUUAGGUUUGCGAGUAGGUGGAAUCUGCUUGGUGUGGUGACUGCGGCAGAGCCAUUGAUUCUGGCGCCGAGGCUAGUGAAGGUGGUUAAGGAGAGUGGGCUUGUGUGUGUGAGUUAUGGAACGCUUAAUAAUGAUCCGGAGAAAGUGCAGUUGCAAGUGAAAGAAGGUAUAGACGCAGUGAUUGUUGAUAGUGUGCUCGCUAUCCGUAAAGGAUUGACGGGAAGUGAAACUGCUGCUGUUGUGGCGCCGUGA